UUAUCGACCAACUAGGCAAUGACAGAUGUGACGACAUUCGGCCUUAAGAAUUUGACGAAGCUCUGUAUCUAUAUAAGAAGAGCUAGCGUCCAUCCGUCCACUGUACCGUCCACAAGAUAUAAUUAAAGGCUGUGCUUCUUCCGCCUGGUUGUAACAGACUAACAGGCUUAUUGCUGCAUCAAAUUCAGUGAGCUUAACAUACGGUGUGAUCAUAUGGUAAUGGAACCUGCUGCAGCAUGGGGACCUUCUUGCGAGUUUCAGCUAGCAAACUGGACCGUUGAAGAACCAGCUGCUGAAGUUUGGGCUCCAGCUGUUGGCCUCCCUCUGGAGUAUGCAUCCAGCGACAUAUUUGGUACCUGUCCCCAGGCAUAUGUGCCUGAAUCGAUCGGAGAAAAGCAACUGGUUGAGUUUGAGUACAACUACUCUUCAGCCUCACGGCAUAACUUGUCGCCUGAGGCUAUCGUCGUUGAUGGGCAGAAUCGGCAUGAGGUUGUGGAUCCGCAGAAAUUGGAAACAAGGAUUGUCGUCUCCAACGACAGCUAUGCUACAAAUGUGUUCAAUCAAGUAGAGCACGCGUUCAAGGUUGAUAUAAACCUGAUGGCAGAGAAGAUGCAUAGAUACCCUGCCGGACUUGGAGAUACUAUCGGUGAAAGUUAUACCGUGCCAAGGAUUGUGGCCAUCGGCCCUUACCACCACCACCGAGACCAUCUCAAGCAGGCAGAGAAGGUGAAGCACAUGGCUGCCAUAUGCUGCGUCAAGGAAUCUGGACACCUAUUGGAGGAGAUGUAUGCUGCAGUCGCCUCCAUAGCGGACAAUGUUCGCUGCCUCUACGACAAGGAUGUGAUGGCAGGUAUCAGCUGUGUAGACUUCCGAGAUAUGAUGUUCGUUGACGCUUGCUUUUUGGUGCAGUACAUGAGUAUGCGGAGUCGCCAAAAAAUAGAUAACAGCUUGCAUGGUUUCCUGAGCUUUAACCGCAGCAACAUCCAUCAUGACAUCAAGCUGCUCGAGAACCAGCUUCCAUGGAAGGUGGUUGAGGUGGUGAUGAGGUUCAGGCCCGUGCCCUUGCAUCGCUUCAUGGCUAUUUUGAAAGAAUAUCUGCAGGACCGUAAGCCUCCCAAAGAAGAAGAUCCUGUGUUCAUUUUGGAUAAUAGCUACAGACCACCACAUCUCCUUGGCCUCCUCCACUACUACACUGUAGGAAGGAGCAGGUACACUUCCGAUCGGACAGUGAGACCCAAGGGCCAAUCGGAUUCCGUCAGUGCACUUGAGCUUGCCAAGAUUGGCAUCACGAUCACGGCCAACGAGUCAAUGGAGCUCAUAGACAUGGGCCUCAGCCAGAAAGGGACCCUCUUCGCGGAGCUCUCCAUGGCGCCCCUGACACUGGACCGUGACCGUGCAAGCUACCUCCUCAACAUGGCAGCUCUGGAGCUAUGCAUGGUGAAAAGCUUUUCAAAAGCGGCAGUCGAAGACUCUGCUGUCUGCUCCUACCUCUUGCUCCUGGCCAACUUGGCACAUAGGCAGGAGGACGUGCACGAGCUACGGGUGAGUGGUCUCCUGCAGGGAGGAGGAGGCCUCACCGACGAGGAGGCACUCCGGUUCUUCACUAAUCUUCGGAAUAUGCGCCAUGGAAGAUCCUACGACCGUGUCAUGGCACAGAUCGAGGUUUACAAGGAGAGCAAGUGGAAGGAGGCCAAGGUCUAUGCGUUCUAUUACAAAAACAAGAAAACCAUUGCUGCGUUUGUCACCGGCAUCGGUGCACUUGUUGGGAUCAUAGGGACACUCUUGUCAAUCAAGAAAUCUUUAUGAUAUAUAUUAGCAAAUUUGUCCGUGCGUAGUCAACAUGUGCAGCGAAAUGGAACUGAAAUGCUAUAGUACAAACAUCCGGCGUAGUCAAGGUGUGGCUGUGGCCACAACUUUAAUUUGAUUGUGGCUCUGCCCUGAGACCAAGUGUGUAUAUGUUGUCAUAACCUAUGUGUGCAAUGUAUGAUGUCGCCCAUCUGCCACAACUUUAAUUUGAUCAUAGUUUGCCCUUCUUCCUGAAUUUCCAUGCUAACAUUCCCACAUGGAUUUUAUCAUAGUUUAUCCUUGUGCCUGAAUUAUAUAUUGCCCUAUUCAAA